AUGGAAGACAACAACCUAAAUGAAACGCCUCGCUCUGUCCUGGAGGGUGUUGAUAAGGAAACACUUGAGAGAGUAGACACUGCGUACGAGUUCCAGCAAAGAGGCGCAGAGAGCACGCUUCCUUUGAUGGAGGAGGAGCUUUCCUUGCUGAAGAAACAUAAGCAUGCAACGCCUGAAAACCUGCGAAAGUUUUCAAAAAUAUUCUCGCGCUAUCUCAAAACACGAUCUAAAAAAAUAGACUGGGACCGGAUUUCUCCCCCUCCUGCUGAGAUGAUGGUGGAAUACGAGUCCAUAGUGUCCGAGGCCAGUGGAGAGGCGAUUUCUGAAAUGCUGAACAAGCUGGCUGUGCUGAAGCUGAACGGGGGUCUGGGGACAUCAAUGGGGUGCACUGGCCCCAAAAGCGCGAUCGAGGUAAAGGACUACCUAAACUUCAUCGACCUGACGGUGAGGCAGCUAGAGCACUUCAACACCAAAUACAGCGCCACGGUUCCGCUGAUACUUAUGAACAGCUACAACACGCACGAACAGACGAGCAAGCUUGUUAGCAAGUACAAGGGGAUCUGGACGUUUGAGCAAAGCACUUUUCCCCGGAUCUUUGCAAGCACGCUGAUGCCUGUUCUUUCAGACCCGUCGGUGCAGGAGUCGGACGGAUGGUAUCCGCCAGGGCACGGCGAUCUUUUCGAGUCUCUAAACGAGUCGGGUAUGCUGGACCGGCUUUUAGACGAGGGGAAAGAGUAUCUUUUUGUGAGCAAUGUAGACAACCUAAAGGCAGGAAUCGACUUGUCGAUUUUGCAGUAUGUUAUUCGGGACGAGAUAGACUUCCUGAUGGAAGUAACGAAAAAGACGCGGGCAGAUGUGAAGGGGGGUACUCUCAUAGAGUAUGACAGCGCGCUGCGCCUGCUGGAAAUAGCGCAGGUUCCCGACGCGCACAAGACAGACUUUACAAGCCUUAGAAAGUUUAAAAUUUUCAACACCAACUCAAUUUGGGUAAACUUGAGGGCGCUGAAAAAGAUUCUGGACCAGGACAUUAUGGAGCUGGAAAUCAUCGAGAACAAAAAGAAGCUUCCAAACGGGGAAAGCGUGAUCCAGCUGGAAACUGCGAUUGGAGCAUCUAUAAAGUACUUCUCAAACUCAAGAGGCCUUGUGGUCCCCAGAAGCAGGUUCUUGCCUGUAAAGACCUGCAGCGACCUGAUGCUUCUCCAGAGCACGCUAUUUAAAAUUUCGCACGGGACACUGGCCAUUUCGCCUAGCAGAAUUUCUGACAGCAUUCCUAUAAUCCGCUUGCUUGGGGGCUGCUUUAAGACCGUUUCAGACUACAGAAAACACGUUAUGGGCCCGGUCAUCAUGGACGAGCUGGAGCAUCUGACAAUUAGCGGAAACGUCACCAUUGGAAAACAUGUAGAGCUAAAGGGAACCGUGAUUAUUGUGGCAGAGGACGGAAAGUCUAUUGACAUUCCUGAUGGAAGCGUGCUGGACGACAAGGUGAUUAUUGGCCAUCUAAGAAUAGUCGACCAUUAG